AUGGCGUCGUCGCUUCCUCCCGCGCCAGAGUCUCUCGUCGACGAUUUGCCGCCGGUUUCUCCCACAGCGGCGAUCAAAGCGGCUGUUGUCCGCAUUACUGCGGCCGCCACUGGCGGUGCUGUGCUCGGCGGUGCUCUAGGCUUUGGGCUGGGCUUCGUGGCGCGCGAGGGCACCAAGGUAGCCAUGCGCGAGUCUGCUUUCGGCCUCAAGACUGUGGCUAUCAUGUCAGCUGUCUAUGCUGCCACGACAGCAGCUAUUGAUUACCUGAGGAAUGAUCUUCUUGACACCGUCUUCUCGCUCCCAUCAUUUUCUUACUGCGUACAACUCUCCGUUGCCCCCGCGCCCACUUUCCGCGUGCUCUCCCCGCGUCCAUUUCCGCGUGCACUCCCCACGCCCAUUCUCCGCGUGCAUUCCCCGCGUCCAUUUCCCGCGCGCAUUCCCCGUGUCCUCCCCGCGCGCUUGGCCCCCCCCCCUCCGUCCGUUCCAUCAGCGGAAGCUCUUCUCCGCGUGCGCGCGACGCUUCAGCUGUCGCAGGGGUCCGCACUGCCGUCGUGGACCGACGGGACGAGUCCGUGCGACGGCGGAUGGGAAGCGGACGUGAGAUGCGACCCGGACACCAACCAAGUCGUCCAUCUCGACAUAUCCAGCUUGCAGCUAUCGGGGCCCAUCCCAGGCGCGGACCUCGCCCAGCUCUCGUACCUCACCUACCUGGCGUUGGAUGGCAACAGAUUCUCAAGCUCUCUGCCAGCAGACCUCUCCAGGCUGUCAGCCCUGAAGCACCUGUCGCUGGAGGGCAACGCAGUGGAGGGGCCGAUCCCAGGCGAUGUGCUGCUCUCCCUCACCGCCCUCACCCUGCUCAACCUGAAGAUGAACAACUUUUCAGGCCAGCUGCCAGAGUCGCUGGGGGCACUCACUAACCUGGUUGCUCUCAACGUGGGAGCCAAUCAGCUCACAGGCAAGAUUCCAGCAACCUACUCCGCCCUCUCGCAAAUCGUGUACUUCAAGGCGUCGCGCAACCAGCUGGACGGCGCCCUUCCCGACUGGUUCGGCUCCUGGCCGCGACUCAUGGACCUAGAGCUCUUCAAGAAUGGCUUCACGGGCUCCAUCCCCGACUCGCUCGGCAACGUGCAGUCUCUCGUCGCGCUGUCACUGGACGAGAAUGCACUGUCGGGCUCGCUGCCUGCAUCGCUGGGAUUGCUGCCGCGCCUUGAAGCCCUCUAUGUGGUGUCCAACAACCUAGAAGGGCCCAUCCCGGAGUCCUUCAGGGGCAUGCAAAGCCUCAAGUACAUCGAUCUCAGCUUCAACCUGCAGCUCUCAGGCCCUCUCCCGGAUUUCCUUGGCGCCAUGCCUUCUCUCGAGUCCAUUGCCCUCGAGUCAUGUGGCUUCACCGGCCCCAUCCCACCCACCCUCGCAUCCCUCCCCAACCUCCGAGAGCUUUUCCUGGACCACAACGCGCUGCACGGCGCCCUGCCGCCCUCCCUAGCCACCCUCGCCGCGCUCACAGCGCUCUACCUCAACAGCAACCAGCUCUCGGGGGCGAUUCCCGAGGACCUGUGCGGGCUGGGGUCGCUGGGAGUGGUCAUGCUGGGACAUAAUGACCUGGAGGGGGGUAUUCCCGCGUGCCUCCUCGCGCUGCCCAACAUCACCACGCUGGACCUGUCGUCCAACCGCCUAUCAGGCCCCGUCCCACCCCUCCCUCCUGCCUCCUCCAUUGACUUUCGAACCGACAAACAGAAAGGUGCAGGGGCAGCGGCGCACUCACCCCCACCGUCACCUGUGCAGCAGCAGCAACAGCCCCCUCCGGUUCAACCUCCUCCAGUUGAACCCCCACCGGUUGAGCCGCCUCCCGCCCAGCCUCCCCCGGUGGAGGCUCCCCCCCAGGCCACAUAUGGCGGUGCGUGGGGUUGGUUGGCUGUGCUGGGUGGGGGACCAGGGAGGGAGGUGGGUGAAGGGCGAGGAAAGGAGGUGGGUGCGGCGGCGGAGAGGGAGGUGGUAGCAGCAAUGGCUGCUGCGGAUCAGGGCAGCAGCGCCGAUAGCACAAACACAUACGCACCGGCGACAGCAGCAGCGGGGUGGGGGUGGCUCAACUUCCUCCUGCUUGCUCUCGCCCUCGCAUCAGCCAUCACCAUUGCGGCUGCGUGUUUUGGAUACAUCACCCAGCGCAGACCCCCCUCCUCCUCCUCCCUUGAUGUUGCUCCGCCUCUCACCCUGCCUCCCCCACGCGUUGAAGAGUUGCCAGUGACGGAGUACGGCCUGUCAAAGAUAAAGCGCGCCACCAAGAACCUCACCACGCUGUACGGCAAGGGCAGCUUCGGCACCGUGUACCUGGCGCAGGACUUCCUGCCUGACCGUGCCAACCCGCACGUCAUCAUCAAGAGGGCGCACGACCCGGAGAAGAUGAGCGAGGAGCAGUUUAAGGAGAAGGUGGAUGAGCUGGCGAGGGCAAGGCACCGGUGUCUGGUGGCGCUGCUGGGGUACUGCAUGGGCAAGACGGAGCGCAUGCUCGUCUUUGAGUACAUGCCCUACGGCACUCUCUUCGACCGCCUGCACCGGUCAAACCUCGAUCCCAUGCCAUGGGAUGCACGCGUGCGCGUGGCAGUGAACGUGGCGUCUGCUCUGGCCUAUCUGCAUCACGGUGUGGACCCGCCUCUCACCCACCGCGCUGUCACCUCCUCCAAUGUGCUGCUCGGCGCCGACAUGACCGCCAAGCUCUCGGACUACGGGCUGGCGAGGGGCUGUGCAGCGCAGGCAGCAGACGACCUGGCAAGGCGGCGCCGAGCGCACCGCAGCUCACGCAGCCGCGGCACGAGCAUCGGCAGCACGGGGCAGCUGGACAACCUCCGAGGCGGCAGCAGUGGUGGCAGCAGCGGUGGCAGCAGUGGCGACUUGCUGGGCGGCGUGGGCGGACGGUCGUUUGGGAGUGGGAGGCGGGGGGGUGUGGGGGAGAGUGGGAGUGACACGGAUGGGGAGCAGGCGGUGCUGUCGCGGGAAAGCACGCCGCACUUCGCGAGGGAGAGAGAGAGGGAGAGCACACCGAUUCUAUCGCGGGAGAACACGAUUUCGAGUAUGGACGAGAGGAAGGCGGAUGUGUAUGGGUUCGGAGUGGUGCUGCUGGAGCUGAUCACGGGGCAGAAGGCCAUGCAGGACGUGCACAUCACCAACCUGGCGGCGCCCUUCCUAGAGGACGAUCAGAUGAUGCCCCUCAUGGCUGACAGCGCUCUUGCAGGUGUGCUCCCAUGCUCCUAUGCCCCCAUGCUUCCAUGCCCUCAUGCUUCCAUGCCCUCAUGCUCCUAUGCUCCCAUGCUCUCAUGCCCGGAUGCUCCCAUGCUCUCAUGCCCUUGUGCCCUUGUGCUCUCAUGCUCCCAUGCUCCUAUGCUCCUAUGCUCCCAUGCUCCCAUGCUCUCAUGCCCUUGUGCCCUUGUGCUCUCAUGCCCCUAUGCUCCCAUGCUCCCAUGCUCCCAUGCUCCCAUGCUCCCAUGCCCCCAUCCUCCCAUGCUCCCAUGCCCCCAUCCUCCCAUCCCCCCAUGCGCUACCCCCCCAGGCUACUUCAAUCAGGACGAGCUCAUCUCGCUGGCCUCCAUAGCACGGGACUGUGUGCACCAGGCGCCCUCGCAGCGCCCCUCCAUGCUCGACGUGCUGCAGGCCCUCGAGGACACGGUCGACGAAGACCUCCUCUCCUCCCUCCACGGCCCCUCCACUCGCCUCCUCUCCCCCGGCUCCACCGCCAGUGGCAUCACCAGCACCAGCAACGGGGACCGGUAUACUGCCUUGGCGAAUGACGGUGCUUUUGAUGAUGCUGCUGGGGGAGGGACGGGGAUGGGGGGAGGGGGAGCGGGGAAGCGGAGUGCUGGGUCGUCGUUCAUUGAUGUGAUUUCGGCGUCGUUCCGGAGACGAGGGGCUGGGGGGGAGAAGGGUGGGGCGAGGUGGGAGGGGAUGCAGAGGGGGGCGGGGCAAGGCCCGCCAUCGCCGAAUCGGUCGGGAAGGAGUGAUGCAUCGGAUGUGGAGAGCUCCUCCCUGCUCUAUAUCACCCCCAAGGGACACUGA